UGAUUGGCUGCACCGCCCCCACGUGACGUCGAACUGGCGGCGCCGGUUGCCUGGGCGACAGCUGGAGAAGUGGCGGCGGAGCGGGUUUGGCGCGGGCGGCCGCGGCAGUGCAGCAGAGAUUUUUGCUGCCGUGAGAAUUAACAGUAACCGUUCAAUAUGGGGGAUGUUCUGGCUCACGAAUCAGAAUUACUUGCGCUAGUGAAAGAGUAUUUAGAUUUUGCUGAAUUUGAAGACACCUUGAAAACAUUUUCAAAAGAAUGCAAAAUAAAAGGAAAGCCAUUAUCUAAAACAGCAGGUGGCUCUUUAAGGGAUUCCAAAUCACUGGUCAUCCAGAAGGACCUCAUUGCUGCAUUUGACAGCGGAGACCAGAAGGUGUUCUUCGACCUGUGGGAGGAGCACGUUCCCAGUUCCAUCCGUGAUGGUGACCCCCUUGCCCAGAAGUUGGAAUUCUAUCUUCACAUCCAUUUUGCCAUCUAUCUUCUGAAACACUCCGUGGGGAGACCUGACAAAGAGGACCUGGAUGAGAGGAUUUCUUAUUUCAAAACCUACCUGGAGACCAAAGGGGCGGCGUUGAGCCAGACCACAGAGUUUCUCCCUUUCUACGCUCUGCCUUUUGUUCCCAACCCCAUGGUACACCCCUCGUUUAAAGAGCUCUUCCAGGAUUCUUGGACUCCAGAAUUAAAGUUGAAGUUGGAAAAGUUUCUGGCUUUAAUUUUUAAAGCCAGUAACACGCCAAAGCUUUUAACAUUAUACAAGGAGAAUGGACAGAGUAACAAAGAAAUGUCGCAGCAGCUCCACCAGCAGCUGAUAGAAGCCGAGCGUAGGUCAAUGACGUACCUGAAGCGGUACAAUAAGAUCCAGGCAGACUACCACAAUCUCAUCGGGGUCACGGCAGAGCUGGUGGAUUCCCUGGAGGCCACGGUCAGUGGCAAGAUGAUCACGCCAGAGUACCUGCAGAGCGUAUGCGUCCGUCUCUUCAGUAACCAGAUGCGACAGAGCCUGGCCCACAGCGUGGACUUCACGCGGCCUGGGACGGCUUCAACCAUGUUAAGAGCCUCCUUGGCACCAGGGAAGCUGAAGGAUGUCCCAUUGCUGCCCUCCUUGGAUUAUGAGAAACUGAAGAAGGAUUUGAUUUGGGGGAGUGACCGCUUGAAAGCCUUCUUGUUGCAGGCUCUGCGCUGGCGCUUGACCACAUCCCUUCCUGGAGAGCAGAGGGAGACCGUUCUGGAAGCCUACAUUGGCAACGACCUCCUGGACUGUCACAGCCACGGCCAGAGGAGUGUGCUUCAGCUGCUGCACUCCAAGAGCGAGGUGGUGCGACAGUACAUGGCCCGGCUCAUCAAUGCCUUCGCGUCCCUGGCGGAAGGUCGUCUCUACCUGGCCCAGACCACAAGGGUGCUGCGGAUGCUGGAGGAAAGGCUGAAGGAGGAAGACGAGGACGUCGUCACCCGGGAGAACAUUCUCGGGGCCUUGCAGAAGUUCAGCCUCAGGCGCCCGCUGCAGACAGCAAUGAUUCGAGACGGCCUCAUCUUCUGGCUGAUUGAUAUUCUGAAGGACCCCGACUGCCUGUCUGACUAUACGCUGGAGUACUCGGUGGCUUUGCUCAUGAACCUCUGCCUCCGGAGCGCAGGGAAGAACAUGUGUGCCAAGGUGGCAGGCCUGGUGCUGAAAGUUCUUUCGGAUCUGCUCGGCCAUGAGAACCACGAGAUACAGCCGUAUGUGAACGGAGCUCUGUACAGCAUCCUUUCUAUUCCGUCCAUUCGUGAGGAAGCAAGGGCAAUGGGAAUGGAGUACGUCCUCCGCUGCUUCAUCAAAGAAGGCAAUGCCGAAAUGGUUCGCCAGAUCGAAUUCAUCAUCAAGCAGCUUAAUUCAGAGGAGCUACAGGAUGGUGUUCUUGAAUCUGAUGAUGAUGAAGAGGAAGAUGAUGAAGAGGACCAUGACACUAUGGAAGCUGAUCUGGACAAAGACGAGCUGAUCCAGCCCCAGCUUGGAGAGCUGUCGGGCGAGAAGCUUCUGACCACGGAGUACUUGGGAAUCAUGACCAACACGGGGAAGAUGAGGCGGAAGGGCCUGGCCGGUGUGCAGCGCAGUGCCGACGAGCCCCUGUGCCGGCCCGUCACCCCUGGCGGCCACAGGACGGGGUACCCAGUGCCGGAAGACCAUCCCGUUCCUCCCCAGAUGGCCCAACGUGCGGGAAACGGCGGCCUCCCGUCCCUGACAAGCGCCCCCCAUCCAGUGCACCAGGGGGGUGAGGCUGGUGCUUCGGGGCCUUCACCCUCCACGGUGGACAUCAAACCGGGAGAAUGGUUGCCAGCGGGACAUCAGGGAGAGGUUCGUCUGCCCUCGGCGGAGGACCCCAGCCAGGCCCUAGACGGUGGAGACACCACCAGGGAAUUUACGUCAGCCUUCACCUGCAAGCCCCGGACCCCCCGGGCCCCUGAGAUCCUGGACCUGAACUCACCCAAGGCCAAGGCAUCCGCUCUGGCCCCUCAGUUCUCCUCGUGUGGCCCCCAGCAGGCCAGCCGCCCCGGCUCCGUGACCUCCUCCACGAGAGGACCACAGAGCGGCCAAUCUUACAGGAAGUGAGGAUGGCCUCUUCGCCGGUGUCACCGUCCCGUUGCCCGAGGACCCGCCAGCUUCCCUUCCUCAGCCGGCCAGCAGCUGCAGGUGACAGAUGUGGAGGAGACCGUUGUCUGCCAGCGGCCAGGCGAGGCUAGCUCUCCGGGCAGCCCAGGAGCAGGCCCCCCACAGCCCCUGGGACACCGGGUCCCGUCCCCGCCCGUCCCCGGCCGCCCCUCACACGCAGGAACAGACCUGGGUAGACGGUGCGAGCUGCUCACGUCAGGAGCCUGUGGGGGGGAGCAGGGACUGGAGACUCGGCCCGAGACGGGGCCUUGGCCUCCGUGGAAACUGUCGCUCCUCUCUCGGUCCAGCCAGAAGGAGAGUGAAGGGAUUUAGAAUAAGGGAGACGCAUCCUGAAGCCAUAUUCCUGAGCAGCAGAUUUGAUAUUCUUCCUUUUUUAGAAUCUGGGACGAAUAUGAUAUAUUCCCGUACGUAGCUUGGACUGUAUCGCUGUUUCCGAUCUUCUGCACGCGUGUUAUAAAGGCCUCGUAGGGUUGACGCCACUUCCCCCUCCCCUGCCUCCUUUAAGACCGUAAACACAAACAGCUCCCCUGGCAAAAUGAGCGGGGGAGGCUUGCCCCUUGCAGUGGGUGACGUCAGAGCUCACGCCUUAGGAGAAAGGAGAGAACUUUGCCCGCCGAGCCAGCGAGGUCCCCCAAACUAGUAGCAGAAUCUGACCUCUCCUCCAAUAUAAAUACUGAAAUAAACUGAAUAUUUAGACGGUCCUUGCGUGUGGUAGGGCGUGUGUGUGCGUGUGCGUGCGUGUGUGUGAAGUUAUGUACUCUACCCUAAGCACUCCAUCUGCCAUGGCUAUGCCCUUUAGAGAAGACCUCCCUGUGGUCCCGCUGGAUGUAAAUAGAGAAGAUUUCAUUUUUCGAUGGCCUCCUAGCUCCUCAAGAGAGCAAGCAGAGGAGGGAAGCAGAAGAAUGGUAGAGCAGGCCAGUCACCAGGUUGUCCCCACGACAUCCGUAAACUUGUCACGGGCCAGGAUCCUGGGUUAAUCUUGUUUUUGGCAGUGGCACAAGGCCGGGCACGUUAGAACUCUGUGGUCACGUGACUGGCCCGGAAGCCGCAUCUGGAUUCUCUGGAAACGUGUGAGCCCCUCUUUGUUCCUGGGGAAGAAAGCUGCGGAGAACAAGGCCCUACCUUCUUCUUGGGAAGGCACCCCAGGCGCUCGGCGACUCCUGACUUGGAAGUAUGAAGAGAAAACACCCACACUUAUCACAGGUACUAUCGAUGUGGACAGAGACCGGGUCCCUGAAACGGGAUCACUCCACGGUGACACUUUGAAAAGUGGUUGCGGAGGAACGUAAUGGAAAAGUCUCUCCUGUUCUCCCCAGUAAAUCCACUCCCUUCAGAUUCCUCGGAUGCCGCUGACUGGCGCGGCCUUUCCCCUGCCUUCGUGUGGGAGCAGCCCCGUCUCCAGAAAUCCAGAGGGAAUGGAAGAGUCCUCAGUUUCCCCCCCUUCUCCACGGUGAAAAGGCAACUGCUGUUUUUCCCUCAAACCUGCAGAUGAGCUGAAGUCUGGUUUGUAAACGUCUAGUGACUUGAAGGGGGGAAAAAAACGACAAUCUUUUAGCGAUUCAGGGAGUAUCCAGUCCUGGAUCAAACUGCACUGAAGUCAUCAGGUGUGGUUGGGGUGGUUCUUGGGGGAAAGUAAAUACUGUCCAGCCUCCGCACCACGCCCUGGGAGACUCCUCUCGCUGCAACACAUGUCCACAUGCCACGGCUGAUGGCUAGCAAGAGGCUUGGUAAAAUACCAGCUACUACCUCUUCCCAAAUAUCCCAGCUAUCUGCUAGCCUCACUGAGUUUGCCGGGGUCAGACAUGAACGCGACCGACCUAUGGGGGAAAGAAUCGAGUAGAUGAAUGAACCCAAAUGGUUUCAAAGGUCAUCUGGACAUUUAGUCAUAGAGCCACUAGGAUUGGCCCAUGACACCUACCCAGGGAGCCGUGGUGGAGAGCCUGUGGAAAUUUUGAGAACGGUAGGCCUACAGAAAGAUCACUUCUUCGCCUGGAAGCUGACCCCACCUCUCCAGUUACCUGGCCUCCUAAUUUCUCCUGAGCAGAAAUUAAAUUUUUUUUUUAAUGUUGCUUUAUUUUUGAGAGAAACAGAGACAGAAUAUGAAUGGGUUGGGGCAGAGAGAGAGGGAGACCCAGAAUCCAAAGCAGGCUCCAGGCUCCGAGCUGUCAGCACAGAGCCCGACGCGGGGCUCGAACCCAUGGACCGCGAGAUCACGACCUGAGCCGAAGUCGGACGCUCAACUGACUGAGCCACCCAGGCGCCCCAUCUCCUGAGCAGAACUUGAUCUCAUUUUGCUUCAUUCACAGUAAGGUGCAACUAUCUGACAACAGCUUAAAUUUUGACCUUGGGUGGGAAUAUAAUAGGUAGAAGUUUGAGAUCCAAUCAGAUACCAGCAGUCAGUAGGUUGGGAAGGAUUUAACUCAAAUCUAAAGAACUAAAUAAAAAACAAAUACACAAAUAAGACUAAUGCAAAAAUUCCAUGACCAAAAAAGCCAAACUUUGUAAUAAAAACAAGAUCUGACCCUGUGUUUACUAAAUCCUGAUCCCGGCCCCAAUUCCAAUAAAGCUUUUUUUAGCGAAAAGGGCAGCCAGCCCAUGAGCCAGA